CACUGAUCCAGAAAUACAAGAGAAAGAGUGCGAGAGUAUGUGCUGUCUCUGUAACUUCUCAUGGACUUCUUCUUGUUGUAGAUCUUGAAACACUACCUUUAUCUUUCAAAGAUUCUCUACGAAUUGCUCUCAAGAUUCUUUCAAGAAACACUCCUCCAUUAAAUUAGCGUACACUUCUACGCCUUUAUACAUCUCGUCUUCUUUCGUUGGGAAGAGUAGAAGUAGAGUUUCUCCUUUUUUCUGAAUUUCUAGAUUUUUCAUUGAUUUCAAUACAGUUUCCACGGGAUUUGGUUGCUUGUAUCUACAUUUUCGUUUCCGUUGUGGAGGAGCUUGUUAGGGGUUUUUGAAAUCAUAGAUGGUGAUUAGACAAUAGUUUCGUGGAAAAAUGGAUGACAGAGGAGGUUCAUUUGUAGCUGUAAGGAGGAUUUCUCAAGGUCUCGACCGAGGCAAUACGUGUCAUUCAACUUCAGCUGAGGCUGUGGCAGGAUCAGCUGCAUGGCUGGGUCGAGGUCUUUCUUGUGUUUGUGCACAAAGGAGAGAGAGUGACCCUCGUUCUUCGUUUGAUCUAACCCCUGCCCAGGAGGAAUGCUUGCAAAGGCUGCAAAAUCGUAUAGAUGUUGCCUAUGAUAGUUCAAUCCCUGAGCACCAGGAAGCUUUAAGGGCUUUGUGGAAUGUUGCUUUUCCGGAAGAAGAACUCCGUGGUUUAAUAUCUGAGCAGUGGAAGGAAAUGGGUUGGCAAGGAAAGGAUCCAUCAACAGAUUUUAGGGGUGGUGGUUUCAUAUCAUUGGAGAAUUUGUUGUUCUUUGCUAGGAAUUUUCCGAAGUCCUUCCAAGAUCUUCUUCGGAAGCAGGAAGGUGAUCGCUCGGUGUGGGAAUAUCCAUUUGCUGUAGCUGGCGUGAACAUUACAUUCAUGCUCAUUCAGAUGCUUGAUCUUGAAGCAGUCAAACCACGAACAAUGGUGGGAGCAACUUUCUUGAGGUUUCUUUCAGAAAACGAAUCAGCAUUUGACCUUCUCUAUUGCAUCACAUUCAAACUAAUGGAUUAUCAAUGGCUUGAGAUGCGUGCAUCAUACAUGGACUUCAAUACGGUUAUGAAAUCCACACGGCGACAACUGGAAAGGGAGCUUCUAAUCGAUGACAUAACACGGUUGGAAGAGUUACCAUCAUACAGCCUUCUUAGCCGAUACUAUAGCAGCUAGCAGUUCCAAGGUUAACAAAAUGGCUUGCAGGAGCAAGAUGUGCACGCAAUCAUUGGGCAUAUUCUGUUCCUUUUGGUUGUCUCCCAUUUAUUUCGUAGCGCUUUUAAACUAAGUUGUUCUUUGUGCACGAUAUGGUGAUCCCUUUAUUUCCUUCUGAUUUUUCAGGAAAGGGUUCUUAAGUUUCCAUGUUUUCUGUACGUGAAAUGAAGGUAACGUAGUUUGUAUGGUUGA